GCCGUUAGGCAGGGCCUGACGAGAGCCGACACACACGCCCCGUCUCGUCUCUUCGUUCCGUCCCCUGUUUCCCCGGUCGCCGCGCCGCCGUCGUCCUCCGCCCUCCCGUCUCCGCCGCGACGCCACCCCGUCAGAUUCGUUCGCUUAGGCAUCCGUAGCUGCUGCUGAUUUGCGGUCGCCUGACUGAGGUGUACUGGAGGUCUGGAGCUGAAGCAGAGCUCCAAGUCCGGCACCGGCGGGACAUGGCUGCCGCGGCGGGGAAGGAGGUGGACAUGAAGAAGAUGGAGCUUAUGAAGGAGGUAAGGGCGCACCAAGUGGCGAUCGGCGAGCUCAACAACCUUCCUCCAUCCAGGGCCGCUUACCAGAAGACCUGCAACAUCUUCUUCCGCAAGGACAUCAAGUCGGCCGUGGCGUCCCAACAGAAGCAACUUGAUAUCGCCAAGGCGAAGCUGCAGAAGCUGGAUCAGGCAUCAUGAAGGUUCACUGCAGGCAGAAAUUUGAAAUUGCAACUUAUGCUGCUUCAUCCAUCCACCUCGCUGAAUUCUCUCUAAUCAAGUGUCUUCCGUGUGCCAGUUGACUAGGAUGCAACUUAUAUAGAUUUCUGUGUAAUAAUGGUGUGUUUAAUAGUUACGAGUGCGAGACAAAUCAUUUCUUUCUGAAUAUGGUGGAGACUGGAUACGGGACUGUUGUCACAAUAGACCCAUUAUGAAGGUGAUGCGAUGAUUUGAUUGAGCUAA